UUUAUAUAGAUGAGUAUCAUCGCAAAUAUCAGAUCUCCCUCGUCACAAUUAGUAGCUAUAAAACUCCGACUAUAUAUUCAGAUACCAAUUGAAAUAAUUGAUUAUGCAUUGAUCAGUAAGUGUUGGUCAGUCACGAAUCGCGUGAAAACGAUUCAAGUAGAAAUAUCUGCAAGAGAAAAAGUUAUCAUGUUUGUAACGUUAAAAAUAUUAUGUAUUUUAUUAAAAGUGUUAAUGUUAACGAGAGCGGUAACCGCGUUUUAUUCAGAGGUUCAAGAAGAUCAAGAGAAUAUAUUUCAGGAUACACCAUCUUUUCAGUUCUUCACAGUUAAUAAUUACCUGUUACGAUUAAAGAAGAUAUAUAUGCAGAAAUAUUUGAGCAACGUGACUGAAAAAAAUUUAACCGAAAGCAUUCUAAGCAAACCAACAUUUCCUAUUCGGACAUUCGUAGAAUUCGAGAACAAACUAAUCAAGAAAAAUAUUUUUGUGACAUUGAGAUGGGACAAACCUGAGUUGACAAAUGAAUUUGUUGAAAUAGAUUGUAAGAUUCAGUAUUGGAGCGAGGAUCUGAAUCGAACGAUUCAAAUAAACAUCAAAGAUAUUAACACAUUUACGAUAUUAGAAUACAAAGUAUAUGAUUUAAAACCUGAUACAACUUACUAUUUCAAUAUAGAAAUGAAUAAUCUGUUUAAUUCUUAUGUUAAUUUUACCAAUGUGUCCACCACGCACGAGAAUCCGAUACCUCUAUUACUCGUCAACAUGUUGAGUAAAUUUAGUGUGGAUGUGUUGGAUGUAGAUUUACAGAUAGCCAUUGAACUUGAUACGGGCGUUAUGUAUGAAGAAAUCGUUUACUCUGCAUUGGAAUAUAAAAUAUAUGGAAUAAAUAACCAGUCAGAGCUAAUAACAUCGGAUUUUAAUCCAACCGAUAUCAAAACCAAUCGAAGCUACACAAAAAUAGCAAAGCUCACUUACAAUGCGCAAAAUCUCUGCAUCGAUUGGAUUCAAAGAAAACUUUAUUGGACACAAGGGAAUACAACGGGAAUAUACAUUAUAAAGCUAGACUUAACAUUGUGGCAACAAAUGGGCAUAGUGAAAUAUGAUGAAAUUAACAUAUACAAACAUGAAUAUAAACCAAAAUUUUUCCAUGUUCUGCCAUCAACAGGAUAUAUUUAUUGGUACAAUAAUCUCAAGUCUGAAAUAAUGCGAUCGGAUUUAGAUGGAAAAAACAUGAAAGUUCUUGACAAAGACAAUAAAUGCUUCUGUUCCGAACUACGAUACUUCUACUACUCUCCUACCAUCUUCCAGAUUGAUACAACAAAUAUUGAACCGCUAUUAUAUUGGAAAACACGGUAUGAUUUAGUCAUAACAGAUAUUGAUGGUUGUAAAUGUUACCGAAUUUCAGAGUUUAGAAAAAAAUACAAUUUUAUACAUGUAACGUUUGAUAAAACAAACAUUUACGUGUUCAACGAAUACAAAAACAAAAUCUACAUUUUUAAAAAAAUACAUCGUUUUUUCGAAAACAAAGAACAUGAAUUUGAAUAUGUACGUACCGUACAUUACCGAGAAAAUUCUGAUUAUGGAAUCAAGACACUCAUAUCUCUUGAUAAAACUUUACAACCAUAUCCCCAGACGAAAUGUCUGAUACCUAACAUAAAAGAUUAUCGUAUUCAAGUAUUGAAUAAAACCGUACACACUAUCACCAUAAGUCUUCCAGAGCCGAUGCUCAAUGACGGAUGCAAAAAGUACAAAUUACCCACUACUAUAUAUAACAUCUCCGUGAGUUAUUUAACAUGUUUGGACAAUGUCAGUAACAAGUUCGUGCAAUUUAAUGUAGUGACACACGAACGGCAUUACGAAUUCAAGAAUUUAAUGCCGUUCACAGAAUAUACGCUGAAACUGGCACUAAGCAAUUUUUACUUUGACAAGUUAUCAAUGAAUUUGCAAUUCGGCUCGGAUGUGAAAGUGAUGAGUGCUCCAGACAAGAUCGACGCGCCAAAAGAUGUGACGGUUCAAGUUUUAAUGCCAACUUUAGCGAUAGUUUAUUGGAUGCCAUCCAAGAACCUAAACUGCGUGACAGUGACCUACGAGGUGCAUUGGAUGCAAUAUUCAAAUAAAACGCAGGAAAUAAUACAAAAGUCGCCUUCCUUCAAAAAACUUGUUGAUAAGAUCGAACAUACGACAAAUGGGAAGCUUUUCACGACAAUUCUUCUACAGUCACAACAAAACUAUCAGAUAUAUGUGCGUGUGUAUCCACACAACUUCAGUCAGUUCUUCAAUGAUAGUUUAAACAAAACAAUCUACAUGUCAGAACUGAAUAAUUUAAAUUUAAGUGGAGUCAGUACAAUUAGUAUGAAUGUCUCAUGGAUUUCUAGCGUUAAUUUGACGAUCCACACGGAAUUCUGUCCCAUACUGGAAUACAAAAACAACGUGAUGCGGGAGUGGCAAAUCGCGAAUAACAGCGACAGAAAAAAUAAUAACAUAACAUAUUAUAUAAAAAAUUUACUGCCGCGAACUCUAUACAAUUUUCGUUUAAUCCUGAGAUAUCCCGAAUAUAAGAGGGACUUCGUAUGGCCUGAUAAAGGAUUCAAUUUUGAAACUCUUGGUAAUGUACCAAGUGCUCCUGGGAUACCUAUGGUAAUAAAACUUCCAAAUUUGACGUAUCAGUUGAACUGGGAACCUGCGCAAGCUCAUGAUUCACCAGUGAUUUUGUAUCGACUGGAAGGUGUAAUUGUUGAAAAUAAUUACGAAGGAAGCAAUCAGACUGGCAAACACAAUCAUUGGAAUUUAUACUAUAAUGGAACAGAUAAUUACUGCUGGAUAACUCCGAUAGACAUAAAUCAGAAAUAUCGAUUUCGUGUGCAGGCUAAAAACGUUUAUGGUUUUGGAAAAUGGAACGAAACAGGAGCGGAUAUUAAUUUAUCAGAAUCUGUCGAAGUAUCAACUAUACAAUACCUAAUACCAUACAUAUAUAAUUUUCUGCCAUUUAUAUUGAGUCUUAUCGCUACCAUCGUAAUCUGUUAUGUUUAUUACUUUUAUUGUUGCAAGCAUCGCCAACGCAAAAAAAGAAAACAAAUAAUUUCGUCUUCAAUAUAUGCUAUCGAAUUACCAGCUGCAAACGAAACACGUUACGUGAGCUUUGAACCCAACUUUGUUCACGAUGCUAAACCGCAAAUUGAUCUCGACGAAUUUGCACCAAUCACAAUAAAAAAAGAGCAAAUUACCGUACAAAAUCUUUUAGGUAGCGGCGCAUUUGGAGAAGUAUAUCAAGGAAGUGUUGAAAUGUUAGAAAUGUUAAAAACAAUACCUGUUGCCAUAAAGAUGUUACCAGAACAUGCUACUUCGGAGCAAAAAUAUGAAUUCUUGAAAGAGGCCCAGAUUAUGAAAAACUUUGACCACAAACAUGUGUUGAAAUUAUUGGGCAUUUGUCUUGAGACGAAUCUACCAUGGCUUAUAUUGGAAUUAAUGGAAGCUGGUGACUUAUUAACUUUUUUGAGAGAGAGUCGGACGUUGCAACCUUCACAUCCGCACGCUUUGAGUCUACAAGACUUGCUUGCCAUGUGCGAAGAUGUUGCACGGGGUUGUCGCUACUUAGAAGAACAACGCUAUGUGCAUAGAGAUCUCGCGUGUCGAAAUUGCUUAAUAUCGACAAAAGAUCGCGAACAUCGAAUUGUCAAAAUCAGCGACUUUGGACUAGCUAGAGAUAUUUACGAACGGAACUCUUACUACAUGGAAGGAGGAACCCCGCUUCCCGUUCGCUGGAUGGCACCGGAAUCUUUGAAAUACAAAAAAUUUACUUCACAAAGCGAUGUGUGGGCAUUCGGUGUACUAAUGUGGGAAAUUACGUCAUUAGGUCAGCUACCAUAUGUUGCCAUACAUAAUAGCAAAAUAAAGGAGCAUGUGUGUGCGGGGAAUAAGUUAUCAAAACCUCGUAAUUGUCCAGAUAAAUUGUACGAAUUAAUGCAAAGUUGCUGGAAUAUUGUGAACCAAAGGCCAAGUUUCAAACUUUGUCUUGAAAAUAUAGAAACCUUGAAAGUCGAAAUACAAGACGCUGUGCUAAUUCCUUGGAAUAUUAGCAGACAUAUACAGCUCCCUUCUAAAAAAUGUUGAUACCUUCAAAUGGAAGAUCUUAACUGAAGUACAGUCGUGUUUUUUGAAUAUUUAACCACCCCAAUGAUACCUCAAAUAAUAUUAUAUAAUAUAUAGGCAUAAUUGCUUUUUUUGACCAAACGAUUUUUGAGAUCGAUAUUAAUCAUCAAUUUUAUCGUCGUUUGUCUAUAUUAUUCUAAUAAUUAUUAGCAAUAAUUCCCAUCUAUUUUUUUGUCCAAUCGAACAGUUUUACAUUCUUACAUCUUUUUUGAGAUGAGCAAGUAAUUUUCAUCGUAAGGAGAGAGUACAAUGAAUUUUGAGCAGUUCCAUCAACGUGAUUGACCAAUGUGGUUGAUUAACGUGAUGUAUCAAAGUUCAUCUAUACUCCUCCUUCUUUGUACCGCUAAUAUCAUCCCCCUCUUAACACAAUCGAUAGUUAUUUCAUUGUCUAUACAUUCAAACGCCAAUUGAAAUGAUUGAAUAUACAUUGGUCAGUAAAGAAUUGUUGGUCAGUCAAGAAUCGCGUGAAAGCAAUUCAAAUAAAAAUAUAUCUGCAAGAAAAAGAAGUUAUUAUGUUCAAAAUGUUAAAAAUAUUAUGUAUUUUAUUAAAAGUGUUAAUGCUAAUGAGAGCAGUCAUCGCGUUGUCUUUAGAGAAUACAGAGAUGCAUAUAGUUCAGGUCAGUUUUCAAAAAAAUGGAUAUUUUCAUGUGCUUUGAUUUAAACUUGUUGUAAAUAAAAAACUUUUUCGUAUAGAUAAGAGAUGAAGAAAAAAUAUUAUAUAUCGUAACUAAGAAAUUAUUAGUGUAAUUAAAACUGUUUAAUAUACGUAACAAAAGAAUUUUGAUAGUACAAAAAAUUUACAAAAAUUUGUUUAAUUUUGCGUUAAAAACGUACACAUUAAAAUAAUAAUAUUAUAUAGCACAAAAUUAUGCUUACAUAAUUGAACGGUAUAAUAUUAAAACUUAAACGUAACAUACAUUUCAGUAUGUAAAAUACAAGGGUCAAGCCACCGGAAAUCGUGAUUGCAUUCUAUUCUAUGUUUGCUAACAACCGACAGAUUCGAUUCAUGCUUUUUAAUGUUGUUCUGGUGUUCCUUUAUGCGAGUAUUUAGAUGUCUUUUACUUUAGUAUAUAAUUUACAGAAAAAACUAAGUAGCCUUAUCAAAAGAGGUAAGGAUACCACUCCUAAAUUAAAUAAAACAAAUGUCGUUUAUAGAUUGGAAUGCAUUGAUUGCAAUGUUUCUUACAUAGGACAAACAAAGAGACAUCUAAAUACUCGCAUAAAGGAACACCAGAACAACAUUAAAAAAAAUGAAUCGAAUCUGUCGGUUGUUAGCAAACAUAGAAUAGAAUGAAAUCACGAUUUCCGGUGGCUUGACCCUUGUAUUUUACAUACUGAAAAACAUAGACGUAAGAAAUGUUAUAUAUUAAAAAGCAAACGAACACAAUCAAUCUUCAAACUGACACAGACAAUCUCAAUACUCUGUUUAUGAUAAGGUCAUUAGAAUAUUUUAACGUCUUGUAUCAGUAGUUGACAGAAUGUCUUAGCGACAUGUUAAAGUUCACAGCGCUUAACAUAUCAUAAUUUAUGUCUCUAUAUCUUAAUGUGGCUUAUUAGAAUUGUUUUAAGUAAGUACAUUGUUGUCUCUCCUUGCACGAAUUGACUUGUAUUUAGUUUUAGUUUUGCGUCGCUAACUAUUGAUUUUUUAUAAUUUUAGCACUUGAAAAAGACCUAAAUUUAAGGUCGAAACGUAGUGUAUUUCACAAAUAUUUUAAGGUCAAUAAUAUAGCUAUAGUUAUAAUUAUAGCUAAAUAGCUACUA